AUGAAGUGGAUCCCCUUGCCAACACCAGACCUCGUUAAAGGAGUCGUUGGUCAUCUCGAACAAACCGGCAUCAUUCCGGAAGUCAUUGACCGGUUUACACCUACAACUACUGUGCGUUUGAUUUACAAUGAUAAUCUGGAAGUAUUGGACGGGACAAAAGUGUCUGAAAAUGAUGUGUCCAAGCAACCAAAAGUUGAAAUUGAGGGAGCGUUUGUGAUGCCUGGAAGCUUGUACACAAUCAUGCUUGUUUCAUCAAGUGCAAUUGGAGAAGGAAAAGAGCGUGUGCAUUGGAUUCAUGUGAACUAUCAAGGACCACAGGAUAUUGGUUCAGCAGUUAUACGAGCAGGUGCAGAUGUUCUGCACUGCGAGGCCCCGAAGGCAGGUAGUAACUCCAAUCAACUGGUAUUCUUGCUGUUUCGACAGCCUGGACAACUAGUUGUUCCUACGGCGCAUUCCAACGAUGAAAUAUCUGCUCGAUCGUUUGCUGCCACACACCAUCUAACACCAGUAGGUGCAUUAUGUUUCAUGGUGGCAUGA